AUGGCAUCCGGAAAUAUCGUGUGGACCUGGAGCGAAUCAUACAAGAACCACUUUUACAUCACCUACGAUUCCCAAGGGAAUCCUUCGUAUGUCUGGGCCACCACUGAUCAGAGACGCGACUCAGGCCAGUUUGAGACAGGAAACCACAUCCAUGGGACGGACGGCGAAUAUGAGCAAUUGGAUCCGAGCUACACGGUCAGACAGGAUGCCCGGACAUUUUUCCGCAGGGGAAGGUUGUUCUCCGUUCUUUUCAGUGAAGGCAUGGGAGAAACCGCGAGGAUGCAGGACAGGGACUGUGUCACCGUGGUGAAAUAUGGCGGCAAGGUGUUUACUCAGAUACGACGAUUUGUCGUCGUGGGUGAGAAGAAAGGUUUUUCCUAUGGCUGCCCCAUAUAUACAUAUAAGGAUCGCGCGACUACCAAACCUGGAUGUCGACCUUCUGAGCAUGCGGUUGUCUACUAUAGCACGCUGCAAUCACCCACACUUCUCCCAGGUGAGACAGAUUUGGUCAAAAAGCCUAUCGGCGUCAAGCCGUCGGAUCCGAACCAACAGCCCAUGAAUACCGCAUCCCGUAUACGGUUCGGCAAAGUCUACCCCAUAGACUGGAACGUCAAAGUCAAAGAUCUUGGGAAAGUGAUUGAUGAAGAUAUGGAGCGGCUGCUCGCCUACUACACCAAGGAACUCACUGGGUAA